AGCAAUCUAUCGGCGAGCCGCGGUGGUCGGCGCGGCGUGCUCGGCGGCGGCUCGGGGCGCUGGGGCGCCUGAGGGCGGGCGAGGCGGCGGCGGCGGCGGCGGCGUGUCCCUGGGCGGCGUGUCCUUGGGCGGCGGCGGCGGCGGGCUCCCGGAGCCGCAGCGGCACGAGGGGGAGGAUGGCGGAGUCCGCGGAUAAGCUCUACCGAGUGGAGUACGCCAAGAGCGGGCGCGCGUCUUGCAAGAAAUGCGGCGAGAGCAUCCCCAAGGACUCGCUCCGCAUGGCCGUCAUGGUGCAGUCGCCCAUGUUCGAUGGCAAAGUCCCGCACUGGUACCACUUCGCCUGCUUCUGGAAGGUGGGCCACUCUAUCCGGCACCCCGACGUCGAGGUAGAUGGCUUCUCUGAGCUGCGCUGGGACGACCAGCAGAAAGUGAAGAAGACGGCGGAGGCUGGAGGAGUGACUGGCAAAGGGCAGGACGGCGGCGGUGGCAAGGCGGAGAAGAUGCUUGGGGACUUCGCGGCCGAGUACGCCAAGUCCAACAGGAGCACGUGCAAAGGGUGCAUGGAGAAGAUAGAGAAGGGCCAGAUGCGCCUGUCCAAGAAGAUGCUAGACCCGGAGAAGCCGCAGCUGGGCAUGAUUGAUCGCUGGUACCACCCGAACUGCUUCGUCAAGAAGAGGGAGGAGCUGGGUUUCCGGCCUGAGUACAGUGCCAGCCAGCUCAAGGGCUUCAGCCUCCUCGCUGCGGAGGACAAAGAAGCCCUCAAGAAGCAGCUCCCGGGAGUCAAGAGCGAAGGAAAGAGAAAAGGUGAUGAGGUAGAUGGAACAGAUGAAGUGGCCAAGAAGAAAUCUAAAAAAGAGAAAGACAAGGACAGUAAGCUUGAAAAGGCCCUCAAGGCCCAGAACGACCUCAUCUGGAACAUCAAGGACGAGCUAAAGAAAGCCUGUUCGACGAACGACCUGAAAGAGCUGCUCAUCUUCAACAAGCAGCAAGUGCCCUCCGGGGAGUCGGCGAUCCUGGACCGCGUAGCUGACGGCAUUGUGUUCGGGGCCCUCCUUCCCUGCGCGGAGUGCUCAGGCCAGCUGGUCUUCAAGAGUGACGCUUAUUACUGCACGGGGGACGUCACUGCCUGGACCAAGUGCAUGGUCAAGACGCAGACGCCCAGCCGGAAGGACUGGGUGACCCCAAAGGAAUUCCGAGAAAUCUCUUACCUCAAGAAAUUGAAGGUCAAAAAGCAGAACCGAAUAUUCCCCCCAGAAACCAGCGCCCCGGUGGCGACGGCGCCCCCGCCCUCCGCAGCCUCAACGCCCCCAGCUGUGGACGGCUCCGCUCCGGCAGACAAGCCUUUAGCCAACAUGAAGAUCCUGACUCUGGGGAAGCUCUCCCGGAACAAGGAUGAGGUGAAGGCCACCAUCGAGACACUCGGGGGCAAGUUGACGGGGACGGCCAGCAAGGCCUCGCUGUGCAUCAGCACAAAGAAGGAGGUGGAGAAGAUGGGUAAGAAAAUGGAGGAAGUGAAGGAAGCCAACGUCCGCGUUGUGUCUGAGGACUUCCUCCAGGACGUGUCCGCCUCCACCAAGAGCCUUCAGGAGCUGUUCUCGGCGCACAUUCUGUCCCCCUGGGGGGCAGAGGUGAAGACAGAGCCUGUUGAAGUCGUGGCCCCAAGAGGGAAGUCGGCUGCGCUCUCCAAGAAAAGCAAGGGCACCGUCAAGGAGGAAGGUAUCAACAAAUCUGAAAAGAGAAUGAAAUUAACUCUUAAAGGAGGGGCAGCUGUCGAUCCUGAUUCUGGUCUGGAGCACUCUGCGCACGUGCUGGAGAAAGGUGGGAAGGUUUUCAGCGCCACCCUCGGCCUGGUGGACAUCGUUAGAGGAACCAACUCCUACUACAAGCUGCAGCUUCUGGAGGAUGACAAGGAAAGCAGGUACUGGAUAUUCAGGUCCUGGGGCCGCGUAGGCACAGUGAUCGGCAGUAACAAACUGGAGCAGAUGCCGUCCAAGGAGGAUGCCAUUGAGCACUUUAUGAAAUUAUACGAAGAAAAAACCGGCAAUGCCUGGCACUCCAAGAAUUUCACCAAGUAUCCCAAAAAGUUCUACCCUCUGGAGAUCGACUAUGGCCAGGAUGAAGAGGCAGUGAAGAAGCUGACGGUGAACCCAGGCACCAAGUCCAAGCUCCCCAAGCCGGUUCAGGAGCUCAUUAAGAUGAUCUUUGAUGUGGAGAGUAUGAAGAAAGCCAUGGUGGAGUAUGAGAUCGACCUUCAGAAGAUGCCCUUGGGGAAGCUGAGCAAGAGGCAGAUCCAGGCCGCCUACUCCAUCCUCAGUGAGGUCCAGCAGGCUGUGUCCCAGGGCAGCAGCGAGUCCCAGAUCCUGGAUCUUUCCAAUCGCUUCUACACCCUGAUCCCCCACGACUUUGGGAUGAAGAAACCUCCGCUCCUCGACAAUGCGGACAGCGUCCAGGCCAAGGUGGAAAUGCUGGACAACCUGCUGGACAUCGAGGUGGCCUACAGCCUGCUCCGGGGUGGGUCUGAUGACACCAGCAAGGACCCCAUUGAUGUCAACUACGAGAAGCUCAAAACUGACAUUAAGGUGGUUGACAAAGAUUGUGAAGAAGCUGAGAUCAUCAGGAAGUACGUUAAGAACACUCAUGCCACCACGCACAACGCGUAUGACUUGGAAGUUGUCGAUAUCUUCAAGAUAGAGCGCGAAGGGGAGAGCCAGCGCUACAAACCCUUCCGUCAGCUUCACAACCGACGGUUGCUGUGGCACGGCUCCCGGACCACCAACUUCGCUGGGAUCCUGUCCCAGGGGCUUCGGAUAGCCCCGCCGGAAGCGCCCGUGACGGGCUACAUGUUCGGUAAAGGGAUCUACUUUGCUGACAUGGUCUCCAAGAGCGCCAACUACUGCCACACGUCUCAGGGAGACCCCAUAGGCCUGAUCCUGUUGGGAGAGGUUGCCCUUGGAAACAUGUACGAACUGAAGCACGCCUCGCACAUCAGCAAGCUACCCAAGGGCAAGCACAGCGUGAAAGGUUUGGGCAAAACUACCCCCGACCCUUCAGCUGGUAUCACUCUGGACGGUGUAGAGGUUCCUCUCGGGACCGGGAUCUCAUCUGGCGUUAGCGACACGUGCCUGCUGUAUAACGAGUACAUCGUCUACGACAUUGCUCAGGUAAACCUGAAGUAUCUGCUGAAACUGAAAUUCAACUUCAAGACGUCCCUGUGGUGAGCUGUGAGGUGCGGCUGAGACUCGGUUACCCGGUGACUCCGGUGUGAGUUCGCCUGACAACCCCACGCGCCAGCGCUCGGGCGAAGCCUCGGCUGAGCUGCCGGUGGUAGUACCUUCCCCAAAUCCCCUUAGAGGAUUUUACACGAACGCGUUAAAGAUUUUCCCACCUUUCUAAAUCCCUUGUUUUGUGUUACGUUUGGGGGACGGGUGGUUCUAGGUUUCUUUCUUCUUGCCAGCCACGGCGCUGGGGGAUAAACUGACAGUAGAGAGAAGGUGGGGAGAGAUUCUGUUUGUGUAGACUAGUCCCGCGGAACGAGCCGAGCUGGUGUCGGAAUGUCCACCUCACCGGUUUGCCCAGGAAAGGAACAAACUCGCUUCCCCCCUUUUUUCUAAGUGUUCACCUGUAGUUUUGAUUUUGGAGAAAUGUUAAGCAUUUAUUUUGAAGUAAAAAUAAAAACUAAUUUCAUACUA